AUGAAGACCACCCUCACCCCUGUCGCCAGGGCCUCCGCCGCCGCCGCCGGCCGAGGACUCUCCGGCUUCAGCGCCCGGAGCCUUCCCUCGACCCUCCUCCUCCGCACCUCCGCCCCGACCGCCUCAAGCCUCGUCUUCCGCCGGCACAAAUCCGGUCCCUACGGGUACACCCAGGCCAAAGCGCUAGUCUUUUCGCGCUUCGGCGAGCCCGCCGACGUUUUGUCGGUACACCAACACUCCAUCUCGCCCUCUUUGCCCGACGGCUCCGUCCUCGUCCGCGCCGUGGCGGUGCCCGUGAACCCCGCAGACGUGAACACCAUCCAGGGCACCUACGGCGUCAAGCCCAAGUUUUCGCCCCUCCUGGGCACGGCCGAGCCGAGCGUGAUUCCUGGCAACGAAGGCUGUUUCGAGGUUCUCAGUGUUGGCGGCAACGUGCAGGGACUGAAGAAGGGCGAUUGGGUUAUCCCUGCUACUACCGGGUUUGGCACGCUGAGGACGCAUGCGCUGGUGGAAGAUGCUGAGAAGAAGUUGUUUAAAGUGGGCGGGGAGAAGGGGAAGGAGGGGCUGACGCCGUUGCAGGUCGCUACUGUUAGUGUCAAUCCCUGCUCCGGGUACAGGAUGUUGAGGGAUUAUGUGGACUUGAUCAAGUUGAGCGUGGAUGGGUUUGCCAAGGGUACCGCGUCGGGCGGGGCGUGGUUUUUGCAGAACGGAGCGAACAGUGGUGUGGGCCGGGCGGCGAUUCAGCUUGGUAAGCUCUGGGGACUGAGGAGUAUUAAUGUUGUUAGGGAGAGGGAGACGCCUGAGAAGACGGAGGAGUUGAAGAAGGAGCUGCAAGAGCUGGGCGCUACGGUGGUGGUCACCGAGACGGAGUUCUUGGACAGGAGCUUCACGCAGAGGCUGAAGGACGAGUGGACGAAUGGUGGCAAGGACCCCUUAAUGUUGGGACUGAAUUGCGUCGGAGGCAAGAACGCGGCGCAGAUUGUCAGGAGUUUGAGCCCCAAGGGUGUGAUGGUCACGUAUGGUGGCAUGAGCAGGCAGAGCUUUCCCUUCCCGACCGGGCCGCAGAUCUUCAAGCGGUUGAGGUUUGAAGGGUUCUGGUUGAGCGAGUGGGGCAAGGAGAACCCGGAGGAGAAGAAGAGGAUGAUUAACGAGAUUUUGGAGAUGAUGCGCGAGGGCAAGUUCAAGGCGGCGCCGGCGCAGGAGGUUACGUGGAACUGGGAUACCGAGGAGAAGGUGUUGAAGGAUGCUGUGCAGGGCACCCUUGAGGGCUUCAGGAGUGGUAAGGGUGUCUUUGUCUUUGGUGAGACAUAA